UUUUUGGGGGGGUUGAAAUGUGACUUAUUGACGUUGUGUCGCCGCUUCAGCUCCCAGUCAGUAAAUCUCACUGUGGCUCCGAGACACAAACAGCGUCCAUCAGCACCAAGAUGGAAUAAACAACAUGGCCCACAAGAAGAGCGGUUUUAUCGAAGCUCUCGAUAGAUCAGAAGCCAGCAGAGAUGGAGGGUUCAAGCACAGCUGGAGUUUUUCCCUCUGCGCAGAGCGGGAAGAGGAGAGGAGGAACGAUCCUUCCCUGGUGACCAUGGAUCACGUGAGCGGGAGGCAGGAACACUCUUCUGACGGGGUGAAGCAGGCACCCCCUCUGAGGCACUUCGACCUCAUGGAGCCGAUGAAGACGUACGAACGGCGGGCGAACAACCAUUUCAAGUCGAUGAACCGAAUGGGAACAGGGAAGCCCAGUGAAACCCCGCACGCGAUGGCCAUUUCCCCACUACCCAACAGAACCAAUUAUUUAAUCAUGAGUCCAGCGCCACCUCAAGGAGUGGUAGUUCAAGGAAGGCUGUUUCAACACACUCAUCUCUCCCCUCCUGUUAAAAAGCCAGUCCAAAGCAACCUUGAUUUGAAAGAAAGAUCUGAUUUCACCACCCAAAGAUCAGAGCUCGACAAAAUCAUUCUCACCUGCCCAGAGAUCUCGGACUCGGAGACUGCGGAAGUAAAGCGAUGCGUCCAGCCGAAGAGGCGGCCGAUGUUCGAAAGCAUCGGCACGGCCGAGUCUCUGCAGCCGGACGAGUACUUCACUGUGUGCGGAAAGUGCGGCCAGCGGAGCGAAGACCACACCAGUUGUGAAAGCUGCGGGAACGUACUGCCUGCUGAAGUGCCCCUUCUGCCUGCCGUCCCCUCCUCACCUGCCCCUCGAGUGCCUGUACGCUCCCUUCCCUCUCACGGCUCUUCCAGUGUCACCCAGUUCAGCAAAAGCUUCUACGGCGUGAUGUCCGGGGCGCGCUGCACCCAAGCCGAACCGGUCAUGAACCCCCCGGCGCGCAUCACCCGCGGCGGUCUGCUGCUCCCACACAACGGCGCCAAACUGACCGUGGGGAAGAGGCAGCCUCCGGCCAAGCAGCACGAACUCAAUGACCCCAGCUUUUGUGCAGUUGUACUGUCCAGCGACGAAGACGACGAGGCUGACAGCUCCAGCACGGGCAGCGUGAACCGGUUAGACAGCGUCUCUCCGAGACCGGCCGACUCCGCCCACUCCUCCCCGGCGCCGUCCAGCGGCAAAGUGGAAGCGGCCGUCAAAGAAGUCGCAGAACACGAAGAGCAACCGUGUGAAUUUUUCACUGACAUGGACCACAGGAACUUGGUACCCAGAAGGAACCGCGUGAAAGAUCCGCAGUUUCGGAACGCCCUGUGUGACGACCCGUCGCCAUCCAAGAAGCGGAAAAUGGGACCGAUGGAGAAGAUGGAAAGCAUUAUCCUGGAGUGCAGGAGCGUCCGGAUAGGAACUCUGCGCCGGAUGGUCACCAAACCAGUCAUUUUCACAGUCGAGUACAUACAGCUCGAGACAGAAGGUCAGGAGGUCGACGUGCUGGAGAAGGUGCGCCUCAGGUCGUCGGAGCUGACGAGUUGCGAAUGGUGCAGCGUUCGAAAGCUGCCCGUCCUCUUUUUCCAGACCAGCGACGACGAGUGUCUGCGCCUGCGCACCCAGCUCCAAAUGUCCCAGGAGAGCGGAGGCCUGUGGUACGACUGCAGCGGUGAAAACUUGGAUGAGAAAUACAUAGUGUUGAUUUUCGAGAACGGUCUCUCGAUGCACGAGCAGGUGAUUUUAGAAGACAUCCUGGUCGAAAUAGGACGGAACAACAAGCUCACCGGGUUUCCAGCUCGACUGACCUUCGACGAAGCCAACGUCCGACUGGUCCAGUAUAACAAAGCAUCAAAAGAGAAAGAAAAGGCCAAAGCACAGAAAUCCAAACCGGUCUCAUCCUCUACAACGUCUGCUACGACUGCGACGGCAGCCCCGGUCACCACAGCAACAGGGACGGCAGCAGCGGCAAGCACGGGAACAGCGCCCCCCGCUGCGUCGGCUGAGACGACAGUCCAGACCCGAUUUGCCGCUCAUCACCACGGGAUCUACGAAGAAGACGACGACGAGGACAUGGCCGACCUGCAGCCUACCUUCACCGGCCCCAUCAUCAAGUUGAUCGUGUAUCCCCCUCCUCCGGGUAAAGGCGGGAUUUCUGUGACGAAUGAAGACCUCCACUGUCUCAACGAUGGCGAGUUUCUGAACGACGUCAUCAUAGACUUUUAUUUAAAAUAUCUCUUUAUGGAGAAGUUAAAAAAGGAGGAUGCAGGAAGAAGUCACGUUUUCAGCUCCUUCUUUUACAAAAGACUGAACCAGAGAGAAAGGAGAAGUGCACCGGACACAACGAACUUACCAAUACAGAAGAGGAAGCACAAUCGGGUGAAAACGUGGACGCGACACGUGGACCUCUUUCAGAAGGACUUCAUCUUCGUUCCCAUCAACGAGUCAGCGCACUGGUACCUUGCAGUGAUCUGCUUCCCGGGCCUGGAGGGACCCUGCAUGGAGCCCAAUCCCCAGUACCAGCCCCAGGCUUCGUCCCCGUCUGAGUUAGGGAGCUCGGUGUUGAGCGAAGGAGGCAUCGAGGAGCCGUCGCCUCACACAGAGCCCCUCUGCUUUAGUUCAGAGGAGGUCAGUACGGAUGCCGAGGGACCGGACGCGAGUAACUCCAGUGUGCCUUCCUGUCCGCUUCGACCCCCAGAGCACAGCUGCACUCUCAGCCAACGGGUCAACGGACAGGUCCAGUCACAUUUCACUGAUGCUUUGCAGAGAAUCAGUAUGUGUUACAGCAGUGAGGGCACCUUCUCUGAUGACCAGAGCUCCUCCCACGAUGAGUGCAGUGAAGAUGGAGCGCUGGCUGAGGACACUGUAGCAUCAGAGAGCAUGGAGUUGGCAUCCAAACCUACCAUCUGCAAACAACCUUGUAUCCUCAUCAUGGACUCGUUGCGAGGUCCUACCAGGUCCACAGUGGUGAAGACACUAAGAGAAUAUCUGGAGGUCGAGUGGGAAGUGAAGAAGGGCACCCGAAGGAGUUUCGGGAAGGACUUGAUGAAGGGCUCGAGCCCGCGAGUGCCCCAGCAGGACAACUUCAGCGAUUGCGGCGUCUACGUGCUGCAAUACGUCGAGAGCUUCUUCGAGAACCCAGUGCCAAGCUUCCAUCUCCCAAUGAACUUAAAGGACUGGUUCCCCCAGCAGCGUAUGAAGACCAAACGUGAGGAGAUCAAGGAGCUCAUUCUGAAAAUCCAGUCGCAACAACAGCUGGACCGGGAGAACUCUGGGCAGGACCUGGACGUCGGUGAGGUCUACGAGGACCUGGACAUCGGAGACGCCUUAGAGUCGUCUGACCUCAUCCCACCAAUCAGUUCAUGAACUCCAGCCCCAUGCUGCUAUGGCUUUUAACAAAAAAAAAAAAAAGGGUCCUGUUGGCUCCACCUUCGCUCAACUCAUGGCCCUGACGGCUAGUCGGGGGCCACUUCGCGAUCGCACGCUGCUGGACGACUUCGCCAUUACAACAACUGUUUCCGUUUUUUUGUUUUUUUCCGUUUGUUUGUUUUUGUUUCCCCCUUCCUUUGUUAACUAAAGAGCAAGAAGACUUCAUUUGUAUUAAAGAAAUCCUGUAUAUAUGCUGAA